AUGAACACAAACCCUAAUAGUUCAUGCAAGUCUAGAACAAAUAAGUGCCAAGUUAAGAAUGACAGCAAAUGGCCAGAGCUACGUGAGCCACAGUCAAGAACGUGUUUCCCGGCCAGCUCUGUCGACUUGGAGAUGGCGUCCUUCUCCGAACCCUGUAGGGGGCUUCCUCUAGAGGUCGAGAAUCGGCUUAACAAGGGAGAAAUAAUGGAAGUAGACAAACAGGUGACCGGUAAAUCAUGUAAUGAUAUCAAUCGUGAUGAGAAUGAGUUAUUAAUGGUGGAUGAGGAGGAGCUAUUUAAUAUGCCCAUCUUACUGGAUAGUAUGGCGGAGGGAAUGCUUCUCACACCUCCAUCCAUGACCAGAGGGUUUACAUAUAAUCAUUGGGAUCAAUAUGAUGAUGAUGAUAGUACUCCCUUGGAUUUCACUUUAUGGGGCCACUAA